UUUUCCUUCUCAUUCUCUUCAACCACUUCCCUUCCAAAACUCUUAUCUUCUUCUCUCUCUUCUCUUCUCUUCUUUCUGCUCAAUGCAUUGAAUUCCCUCAUGGGUUUUCUCCGGCGACUCUUCGGCGGCGCCAAGAAACACCACCACACUCCACCACCCUCCGAAGGCUCAGCUCCUAAACCCGCCAAGGACAAGAAAACGUGGAACUUCGUGAAACAGAGUACGAGGUACAAGUCCACCACGUUGUCCUCACUUAACAACUUUGACCCUUCUACUUCUUCUGCUCCUUUCUCCGACUCCUUAGACGCCAACAAGCAUGCCAUCGCCGUUGCCGCCGCUACCGCCGCCGUUGCAGAGGCCGCUCUCGCUGCCGCCCACGCAGCUGCCGAGGUUGUCAGAUUGACCAGCGGCAAUGGGCCUCCCGCCGGAAGACCCGCCCCGGCGUAUCAUCCCAGGCUGGCGGCUGAGAAUACAGCAGCCGCCGUGAAGAUUCAGUCGGCGUUCAGAGGUUACUUGGCAAGGAGGGCUCUGAGAGCACUUAAGGCAUUGGUGAAGUUGCAGGCAUUGGUGAGAGGCCACAUUGUGAGAAAGCAAACUACAGAUAUGCUAAGGCGCAUGCAGACUUUGGUGCGAUUGCAGUCUCGGGCACGUGCCACACGUGGGAACUUGUCUGAUAAUAUGCAUUCCUUCAAGUCUUCACUGUCUCAUUACCCUGUCCCUGAUGAUUAUCAGCACUCACUUUACGGCUAUAGUACGAAAUUUGAUGGAUCUGUUCUGAAGAGAUGCAGUUCCAACGCAAAUUUUAGGGACGUUGAUUUAGAGAAAGCUCGGUUUGGUUCCCACUGGCUAGACAAUUGGAUGGAAGAAAACUCUUGGAGCCAAACCAGAGAUGGUUCAUUGAAAACCUGCCACCUUGAUGAUGAAAAGAGUGACAAGAUUCUUGAAGUGGAUACUUGGAAGCCACACUUGAACUCACACCAUUAUUUGUCUUCUGAUUACAACAACAAUGAGAAUUUUGUGGCAUAUGAGUCUCCAUCAAAGCGUUCUUCAAGGGAGGGUGUACUACCCUUUGGCUCUCUGAAGCUUCACAGAGGAAAAGAGGAAGCAUCUUUGAGAAAUGUUGAGGAUAGUCCUCAAGCAUUCUCUGCUUCAUCUAGACAUGGAAGUGGCUCAAGGAGAGGUCCAUUCACACCAACUAAGAGUGAGUGUGCAUGGAGUGUGUUCAGUGGGUAUUCUGGUCAUCCCAAUUACAUGUCAAAUACUGAAUCUUCAAGAGCCAAGGUUAGGUCACACAGUGCUCCAAGGCAGAGAAUUGAGUUUGAGAGAUAUGGUUCCACAAGAAGGUCUCUACAGGGUUUCUGGGAUGCAGGACCUAGUUCUGAUAGGGAUUCUACCACAAACACCACCAGCUUGAACAGAAUUGGGAGUGCCAAUUUAAGGUGACAUCAUAGUUUUUUGUUAAUGAACACAAUGAGGUCCCAGAAAAAACCAAAAAUAGAAGACAUUAGUUUACUUUUGCUUGGGUUUUUCUGUGUAUGACAGCAGUUUUAGGAUGUAAGUAUUUGACCUGUUUUCUCCUAUAGUCUUUGGGCCUACACCAUCAAAGGCCACCUUUAUUCACUCAUGAUUGAGUUUUACUGAAUUUUAUUAUGUUCAAAUACAUGUUCUUCACUGUUUUUACUCAAUUUUGUUGUGUUGAAAUGUAACAUGUUUUGAAUGCUCUCAUUAAUCUAAUGUCGUUUAUGACUGAUUCAUAAUGA